GACGGAAAAGCUGGGCCCGGGGCCGGCGGUUCUGGUGCUGUCUGCAGACUCUCCCUCUGAGUUACAGUGUGUUCAUUGUCAGCUCCAAAAGAAUUGUUAAAAAAAGUGAUUGGGAUUGUGACGAGUCGUCUCUGACAGGAUACCAUCUCUGCAGUCUGUGCCUGUUCCUCGAGAUUACUGUUGAUGUGAUUUUUGAUCUUGCAAUGAAUCCACUGGGUGUCCACAGUGACAUGAAGAUUUAUUUUGUCCUUGUAUUUCUCUUUACGCAACGUCACCUGAGUGAGUCCCAAGAUCCAAUCAAACUGGUUGUUGUUGCAGGGGACUCUGUUUUUUUCCCGUCACCGGGAAAAGAGGGAUCAUCCUCAAGUACAACCUGGAUUUUCGUUACCGGUAACCAUGAGGAGAUAAUAAAAUUUGAAGCAGCUGAAAGUGCCACACCUAAACCUGCACCUGCGUAUAAAAAUCGAAUCUUGUUCUACACAGGCCUCCGGACCUUUGUGCUAAUGAAUACGCAAGAAGAUGACAGUGGGAUCUACCAUUACACUGAGUAUUCUCAGAAAAAACCCAUAAGCAUAGUGAAUCUCCAAGUCUACGAUCACCUUGCAGAGCCUCAACUAAGCAGUAAUUCCACCCUGGAGAACAGUAUUAUUGCAUUGACCUGUUCAACAUCAAAGAGUAUCCAGUCUGUCACAUGGCUCAUCUCAGGAUUUGCUGCUCAUAAUAACCGAUACACAUUGAUCGAUGAUAACACGACAUUGGUUAUCAAAAAUGCACAGAAAUCAGACUCUGGCACAUACACAUGUUUUGUACGGAACCCAAUCAGCGAAGCCAGCGCCAGCUACGAGCUGACAGUCAAGUGUAUCGCUGUCAUAUGCCCCCCGCAAUCUCUCGCAGUCAACAUUAACAUUGACAGAGGAUGCUAAUUGAACUAACCAGGGUGAGGAACCAGGAGUUAAACCAACAAGGCAGUUACCGUCUGUCCCCAAGUCUCACGAUCAUGCAAACUGCUGAUUAUGGUAUAAUUGUAUUGCUGAGAAUGUAGCACCACAUCAGGAGGCUCACUGCCCUGUAUUAGCUGCCAGAGGAAUUCAUAGGGUGGAUGAACUGCUAAAAUGAGGAUUGUCAGGCAGUUCCUGUUAGACUGUGGCAGUCACACAGUGGCUGUGAGGUGGAAAGAUGAAGAGGAGGUGAAUAA